AUGACUGGGUUCUGGAAACCAAUUGGCUCUGCUAUCUUGCUAGCAGCUUGUCUCACCGGAGCUUGGGCCCAGCAAUUUUCAUCUCAUCCGGAAGAGCACGUUGGUGCUUCUGUGCGGACUAGUAGCGGGUUAAUCAAGGGUCAUGCUGCACCUCGCAGACCCGGAGUAUCCGAGUACUUGGGUAUUCCAUAUGCCUCUCCGCCAACUGGGGACCUCCGAUUCGCGCCUCCUGUCGCCUUUGACUCUGAGGAAACAAUUGAGGCAUCCUCCUAUAGCGAGGACUGUCUUUAUCUGAAUGUGUGGACGCGGCCGACAGUUUCUAACCCGAAGCCAGUCCUUCUUUGGAUCCACGGUGGUCGGUUCACCAACGGUGGUGCAAACAACCCAUAUUACGAUGGACAAGCUUUGGCAGAUGAACAUGAUGUGAUUGUGGUGACCAUUAACUAUCGACUGAACAUCUUUGGAUUUUCGGGUGCACCAAAUCUGCCUCAGAAUGUCGCUUUGCUUGAUCAACGCAUGGCAAUCGAAUGGGUUCAUCGCAAUAUUGUUGCUUUCGGUGGAGACCCAGAACGCAUCUCUAUCUUUGGCCAGUCCGCCGGUGGAUCAUCGGUUGACUAUUACGCACAUGCUUGGGCUGAGGAUCCCAUUGUUGCUGGACUCAUCUCACACUCUGGAACAUCGCUCAGUUUCGUGCCUAAUACCGCCGAAGAAUCCUCUAGUUACUUCUAUAUCGUCUCUAAGGCUCUUGACUGUGGAGACGCUGACAGUGAUGCUGACGAGGUGGUCAAGUGUGUUCGCCAGAAGCCAUUCACUGAUGUGGUCAAAGCUGCCGGUAAGGUCCCGGCAGCAUCCUCGCCGGCACUUCCACAGCCUGUUUUCCAUCCCACGGUGGAUGGAGUGACCGUGUUUGAUAAUUACGCAGAGAGAACUGAAGCUGGAAAAUACGCUCACCUUCCAUACCUUAUCAACAGCAACAACUACGAGGCAGGCUACUAUCGCAUCAGCGCAUACGGAGGAAACGUCUCGCUCACCGAUGAGCAAUGGAUCAAGUACAAUCUCGCGGCAUUUACCUGUCCUAGCGGAGCUUCCGCAAGAGGCCGUGCUGCCAAUGGUGUUCCGAUUUGGCGGUCCCACUACUUCGGUGACUGGGACAACCUGCGUCUUUACCCUGGCAGCGGCACCUACCACGGAGUUGAUCUUCUCAUGCUAUUUGGAACUGCUGAGUAUGUCAGUGGAGUUAGAAAUUCUCACAAAGAGAACGAGUUUGCCCAUUACAUGGCUUCAGCUUGGGUAGCUUUCGCAAGUGAUCCAUAUGAGGGAUUGACCAAAUUUGGAUGGCCACAGUAUAACUCUGAUGACAGUACACUAAUCGGACUGGCUUACAAAAAUGGGCAGAACCCUCAAUUCCUCAAACCUUCGGAUGUUGAGAAGGGCUGUGCUGCUUUGAAAGGGAACAGCACAUACGGAAAGGGCGCAUUUUAG